AUGUCUUCCUCCAGGGCGCCGCUCGUGGAUAAUGCCCAGGUCAAGUCGGCCUCGCUCCACAACCCGCUGCCUCUGGCAUUGCACACCUACAUCUGGCCUUUCCUGAUCAUCUGGCCCGUCUUCUUCUCCUUCUACCUGUCCGAGGAACGCUAUGAGAAGCACUUCAACGGCCAAGAAUGGACCUUUGUCUGGUCUGGCAGCAUUGUCACCAUUCAAUCCCUAUUCUGGCUCUCGACCUUCUGGAACAUCAACAUCCGCUCCCUCUUCACCACCACACGUGCUUCUGAUGUGCGCAGUGCUCGCUUGAUCAAGCUCCUCCCCGUCGAAAAUGCUGGUUCUGCCGACAUCUGCCCCAUCGAACGCGAAACCGUCGACGGCAAGACCAACGUCUCCUUUCUCUUCCAGAAGCGUCGCUUCCUCUACUCCAACGACACUGGCACCUUUGCACCUCUCUCGUACCCUCUAGAUCAAGAAGUGAAGCCUACAAUCGGCGAAUUUCAGAAGUCCAAGGGUCUUACCACCGCACAAGAAGUCGCUCGCCUCCAGCAAUACUAUGGCCCCAACACCUUCGACAUCCCCGUUCCCUCAUUCACAGAGCUGUUCAAGGAGCAUGCCGUCGCACCCUUCUUCGUUUUCCAGAUUUUCUGUGUUGGUCUCUGGAUGCUCGACGAAUACUGGUACUACUCUCUCUUCACCCUUUUCAUGCUUGUCGUCUUUGAGAGCACUGUCGUCUGGCAGAGACAGCGCACUCUGACUGAGUUCCGCGGCAUGAGCAUCAAGCCUUACGAUAUCUGGGUAUACAGAGAAAAGAAGUGGAUCGAGGUUCAGAGCGAUGCUCUCUUGCCCGGUGAUCUCGUCUCGGUUGGCCGUACCAAGGAGGACAGUGGUGUCGCAUGCGAUAUGCUUCUGGUUGAGGGCUCAGCUAUCGUGAACGAAGCCAUGCUCUCUGGUGAGAGUACCCCUGUUCUCAAGGAUUCUGUUCAGCUUCGCCCCUCGGAUGCCCGCAUCGAGCCCGAAGGUAUUGACAAGCUCGCUUUCUUGUAUGGCGGUACCAAGGUUCUCCAGGUCACUCAUGGCAACACUGGCUCGGAUGACUCGGACAAAAUCCACCCUGUUAUCUCUGGUGUUCCCGCGGCCCCUGACAAUGGAGCUAUGGCUAUCAUUGUCAGAACUGGUUUCGAGACCAGCCAAGGCAGUCUCGUCCGUACCAUGAUCUACUCUACCGAGCGCGUAUCGGCCAACAACGUCGAGGCUCUGCUCUUCAUUCUGUUCCUUACUGUCUUCGCCAUUGCUGCUUCGUGGUAUGUCUGGACCGAGGGUGUCGCCAAGGACAGAAAGCGCUCUAAGCUACUGCUGGACUGUGUCCUCAUCGUCACUAGCGUCGUGCCCCCUGAGUUGCCUAUGGAACUGAGUUUGGCUGUCAACACCUCUCUUGCUGCUCUCAGCAAGUAUGCCAUCUUCUGUACAGAGCCUUUCCGUAUUCCCUUCGCUGGCCGUGUUGACAUUGCCUGCUUCGACAAGACUGGAACCCUUACCGGAGAAGACCUUGUCGUCGAUGGUGUUGCUGGUCUUACUCUUGGUCAGGAAGGCGCUCCCGCCGAGGCUGAUGGUGCCCAGACUCAACUCGUACCUCUGAACGAUACCGGUGUUUGUACCACUUUGGUUCUCGCUACCGCCCAUGCUCUUGUCAAGCUCGAGGAUGGAGACGUGGUUGGCGAGCCUAUGGAGAAGGCCACUCUUGCAUCUCUCGGUUGGACUGUUGGUCGCAACGAUACCCUCACCAGCAAGACUGCUGUUGCCGCAAAGGGCGUCGGUCAGUCCGCCGCUGACUUGGUUCAAAUCAAGCGCAGAUUCCAGUUCUCCUCUACUCUUAAGCGCCAAAGCUCCGUUGCUACUGUCGUCACUACUCAACGUGACUCUGGAAAGAAAGUCAGAAGCACCUUUGUCGGUGUCAAGGGAGCUCCUGAGACCAUCAGAAACAUGCUUGUCGACGUUCCUCCCAAGUAUGAAGAGACAUUCAAGUACUUUUCAAGAAAUGGCGCUCGUGUCCUCGCUCUUGCCUACAAGUUCAUCUCUACCAGCGACGAGAUUGGCCAGAACAAGAUCAACGACAUGAAGCGUGAGGAGGCCGAAUGUGACCUUCAAUUCGCUGGUUUCCUCGUCCUGCAGUGUCCUCUCAAAGACGAUGCUAUCAAGGCUGUCCGCAUGUUGAACGAGAGCAGCCACCGUUGCAUUAUGAUCACCGGUGACAACCCUUUAACCGCUAUCCAUGUUGCUAGAAAGGUCGAAAUUGUCGACCGCGAAACCCUUAUCCUCGACGCUCCCGAACACGACGAAUCUGGUCAGAACCUUGUCUGGAGAAGCAUUGAUGACAAAAUCAGCAUCCCCGUCAACCCUGCCGAGCCCAUCGAUCCCGAGAUCAUCAAGACCAAGGAUCUUUGCGUUACUGGUUAUGCUCUUUCCAAGUUCACUGGCCAAGCUGCUCUCAAGGAAAUUAUCCGCCAUACUUGGGUCUACGCUCGUGUCUCGCCCAAGCAGAAGGAAGAAAUCCUGCUUGGUCUUAGAGACGCUGGAUAUGUUACUUUGAUGGCUGGUGACGGUACAAACGACGUCGGUGCACUCAAGCAAGCCCACAUUGGUGUCGCUCUUCUCAAUGGGACCGAGGAUGACCUUAAAAAGAUCGCUCAGAACUUCAGAGAGACCAAGAUGAAGGACGUCUAUGAGAAGCAGUGCGCUAUGAUGAAGCGCUUCAACCAGCCUUCCCCGCCUGUUCCUGUCCAUAUUGCGCACCUCUACCCUCCUGGCCCCGGAAAUCCUCACUACGACACUGCCAUGGAGCGCGAAGCCACUAACAAGGGCACUACUAGCGAAGUUCUCAAGGCCGUCACAGAGGCCAAGCACAAGGCCGAAGUUGCUACUGCUACCGCUACUGAUGGUGAGACCAAGGCACCUUUGACUGUUCAGGAAGAGCGCAGAAAGAAAGCUCAGAAUGCUGCAAGUGCCAUGGCUGAAAAGAUGUCGAUCUCGAUGAUGGAAGAUGCUCUCACCGACGACGAACCUCCCACGAUCAAGCUUGGUGAUGCCUCGGUCGCCGCUCCCUUCACUAGUAAGCUGGCCAACGUUGUUGCUAUUCCCAACAUCAUUCGUCAGGGUCGUUGCACUCUUGUUGCUACCAUUCAGAUGUACAAGAUCUUGGCUUUGAACUGUUUGAUCUCUGCCUACAGUUUGAGUGUGUUGUACCUCGACGGUAUCAAGUUUGGCGAUGGCCAGGUCACGAUCAGUGGAAUGCUGAUGAGUGUCUGCUUCCUCUCCAUUUCGCGCGCUAAGACUGUUGAGACACUUUCCAAGGAAAGACCUCAACCCAACAUCUUCAACCCUUACAUCAUCGGUUCCGUUCUCGGACAGUUUGCCGUCCACAUUGUCACUCUGAUCUACAUCUCCAGAUACGUCCAACGUACUGAGCCCAAGAAGUCCGACAUUGAUCUCGAGGGUGAAUUCGAGCCUUCGCUUCUCAACUCCGCCAUCUAUCUCCUCCAGCUGAUCCAGCAAAUCUCGACUUUCGCAAUCAACUACCAGGGCCGUCCUUUCCGCGAAUCCAUCAAGGAGAACAAGGGCAUGUACUACGGCAUCGUCAUGGUCACUGCUGUCGCAUUCUCCUGCGCAACCGAAUUCGUUCCCGAGAUCAACGAGCAACUGAAGCUUGUUCCCUUCACCACCGAGUUCAAGAUCACCAUGACUUCCAUCAUGGUUCUCGACUACUGUGGCUGCUGGAUCAUUGAGAAGGUGCUCAAACAAAUGUUCAGCGACUUCCGUCCCAAGGACAUUGCCAUCAGACGUCCUGACCAGCUUGCCAUUGAAUUUGCACGCAAGAAGGAGGAAGAGGACAAGAUUGAGCAGGAAAAGGUUGCAGCGCUUGAGAAGCAGCUUGGCAAGGUAUAG